GGGCAAGCCUGGUCAGUUGAUAACCGGCGACCGGCGGCGUGCACCCGCCGUACCGAUCCUAAUAAGCCGAGGUAUCCAGCUUCCGAGCCCCCAUCCACCAUGCCUGAGACCACAUUCACCCUCUUCGACCUGGGCCUGUUCAGCGGCAAGCCGCAGCACGACAACUUCUGCCGGCUGCACGAGCUGGGCUCUGUGUCCAAGCUGGAGCCCAGCGCCAACCCGCACAUCUUCCCCAAGGGCGAGGAGCUCGAGCUGCCCGAGAAGUACACAGGCGCGGACGGCCAAGAGCGCUCUACAAGCGAGCUUCUCUCGGAGACGGGGACGGGCGCGCUCUUUGUCCUCCAUGACGGCAAGGUCGCGUUCGAGAAGUACUGGCUCACGAGCGGGCCCGGUGUACCCUGGCUCUCGAUGUCGGUCGCGAAGAGCUUCACCUCCACGCUCGUGGGCAUCGCCCACGCCGAGGGGCACAUCAAGUCGCUCGACGAGCCGAUCAGCAACUACGUCAAGGUGAAGCCGGGGAGCGCGUACGACGGUGUCCCGAUCCGCACUGUGCUUAGGAUGUCGUCCGGUGCCCGCUGGAACGAGGACUACAGCGACCCUAACAGCGACAUCGCGCUGUUCGGGCACGCCGCCAGCGGCCUCAACGGCGGUUGCCUCGACGACUUCAUCGCCAACAUGGUCCGUGAGGUCGAGCCCGACACGGUAUGCCGGUACAACUCAGCGGAGACGCAGGUCCUCGGCGCCCUUGUUAAGGCCGCCACAGGCCAGACCGUCACCCAGUACAUGCAGGAGAAGCUGUACGAGCCCCUCGGCAUGCGCUACCCCGGAUACUGGCUGCUCGACCCCAAGAACGUCGAGCACACGUACGGCGGGUUGAACUUGAGCGCGCAGGACUUUGCCAAGAUCGGCGAGCUGUUCCGCCUCGGCGGCGAGUGGAACGGUCGCCAGAUUGUGCCCAAGGAGUGGGUGCGCGAGGCGACCACCGUCGACGGCCCGCUGCGCGAGCCCGGGCAGCCCAUCGUCGGCGGGCACAAGCUGCCCCUCGGAUACGGCUACCAGUGGUGGAUCCCGCCUGGAGAUGAGGGCGAGUUCUCGGGUAUCGGUGUCUACAACCAGUUCGUGUACGUCAACCCGGCGCGCGGCGUCACCAUCGUCAAGAGCUCGGCCAACCCCCGCUACGGCCUCAGCGAGCAGGAGGAGGACAACAAGGACAUUGAGAACCUUGCCUUCAUCCAGUCGAUCGCGCGCCAGUUCCCCAAGAAGGCCUAGGCGGGUGUGAGUGUGCAUCAGGAGGUAGAUGUAGUUCUUGGUUGUACAGCGCGUAUCCUUAUAUGACAAACAAAUUGAGAC